GAGCCGGACCGCGCCUGCGCGCCCAGCCCCACUCCUUCGACCUCUGCCGCCGCUGCCGCCGCCGCCACCUCCCGGGAAGAAAGCGGGAGAGGAGCCCACAUCGCCUGCCACCCAGGUCCUCCAGCCGCACCGCCCCAGGAGUGUAAGAUGUUCGCCUGCGCCAAGCUCGCCUGCAACCCCGCUCUGAUCCGAGCUGGAUCCAGAGUUGUGUACAGACCAAUUUCUGCAUCAGUGUUAUCUCGACCAGAGGCCAGGACUGGAGAGGGCUCUACAGUAUUUAAUGGGGCCCAGAAUGGUGUGCCUCAGCUAAUCCAAAGGGAGUUUCAAACCAGUGCAAUCAGCAGAGACAUUGAUACUGCUGCCAAGUUUAUUGGUGCAGGCGCUGCAACAGUAGGAGUGGCUGGUUCUGGUGCUGGUAUUGGAACAGUCUUUGGCAGCCUUAUCAUUGGUUAUGCCAGAAACCCUUCGCUGAAGCAGCAGCUGUUCUCAUAUGCUAUCCUGGGAUUUGCCUUGUCUGAAGCUAUGGGUCUCUUUUGUUUGAUGGUUGCUUUCUUGAUUUUAUUUGCCAUGUAACAGAAAUUACUGCCUGAAAUGUUGGCAUUCAUAUUAAUUACGGAUGUAAUUCUGUGUACCUUACUGUGACUCCGAACACUGUAGUAUUGGUGUCAUGGAAAUAGAUAUUAUUUCCAAAGUCAUUUCAUUAAAGAUGAAAACUUUAAUUUUUGCUGUGAUUUGUACUUACCUAAAUUUAGAUCAUCACAAAGGACAUGCGUUCAGGCAGAUGCUAUGUAAGUCAGAAGAAACUAUAGUAGUUGUCUCACUGAUGAAGAGAUCUUAAUGUGAUUUUUACAGGAAUUCUUUGAUAUAGUGUUCUGCACAUUGUAAAUUAUAGGGUUUUAUUCAUUAAAAAAGAAAUAUUUUAGUGCU